AUGUUCAGGAAGAUCAACAAUGUGUUUCGUCCCAACCAUCCCGGGCACGGGGGACGGGGCGGCGGCGGCGGCGGCGGCGGCGGCGGCGGGGUCCAGGCCGGGCACGACUACCACAACGCCUGCACCGUCCGGCUGGUCCGCAGCACCUCCAUGCUGGUGGUGGGAGAGAGAACCCAGACGGCGGCGGGCUCCACUCUGAAGCGGAGCAAAAGCACAGUGAGCAUCGAGUCGACCUUGUACUAUUAUCAGCGGCAGGAGGACAGGAUAUGGCUGUACUCGCAGAAUCAGAACUGCCUGGAGUACCUGGAGGCGCUCGUGGCUCUGAGGAGGCAGUACACAAAGAGCAUGAGCCAUCUGAAAAACAACCACACCAAGGCCUCCGUGUCCUCCAGGAAGAACCCUGCCCCUCCGCCGCCUCAGAGCCAGCGACCGGUUUCCGGAGCCGAGCCCUCGGCCCCCCCGGCCCCCAGCGAGGAAGACACGCUGCAGUUCUUCGAUUCGGUGAUUGCCAGCUGUGACCCUGAACCUCCGCCCAAACCGUACCGGGAUGACGGGCACGCCGACGUGGAUUUCAUAGUGGCCUCCAGCUCGGCCGAGCACGACCUCCACUCUAACUGGGUCCUGCGGGUCCCCCGGGUCGCCGGCGCCGACCCCGAGCAGAGGGCAGCUCAGCACCGUGCCAACCGCAGCGUCCCGGGGAAGAAGACGGCGAGCGGGUCCACCAGCAGCAGGCUGCGGCUCCAGAGGAACCCCAUCCACCUGCCCAAAGUGGUGGAGAGCGCCUUCCAGACGCUGCGCUUCAAGCCCAAAUUGAAAAAGCAGUGAAGCCUGUGG